ACAAUGGCCGGGGAGGGGGCAGGACGGGCGAUAGGGAUCGAUUUAGGCACGACAUACUCGUGCGUGGCAGCAUGGCAGCACAACCGCGUCGAGAUCAUAGCCAACGAUCAGGGCAAUCGCACCACACCCUCUUGUGUUGCUUUCACUGACAACGAGCGUCUCAUCGGAGAAGCCGCCAAGAAUCAAGUCGCCAGUGCUCCAACUAACACCAUUUUUGACGCAAAGAGGCUGAUUGGCCGUAAAUUCAACGAUCCAACGGUUCAGAGUGACAUGAAACAAUGGCCAUUCAAGGUCAUUCCUCACCCAACGGACACCAACAAGCCUAUGAUGGUGGUGACCUACAAAGGAGUGGAGAAACAGUUUUCAGCCGAGGAGAUCUCGUCAAUGGUGCUAUCCAAGAUGAAGGAUAUCGCCGAAGCCUAUCUUGGUUCAUCUGUGAAAAAUGCAGUCAUUACGGUGCCUGCUUAUUUCAAUGACUCUCAGCGCCAGGCAACCAAGGCUGCUGGAACAAUUGCUGACCUAAAUGUUGUAAGGAUCAUCAAUGAACCUACUGCUGCAGCCAUCGCAUACGGUCUAGAUAAAGUAGGUGAUGUGGCUAAGAAUGUGUUGAUUUUCGACCUUGGUGGUGGCACGUUUGACGUGUCUGUGGCCACGAUUGAGGCGGGGAUCAUUGAAGUGAAGGCAAUUGCUGGUGAUACUCAUCUUGGAGGGCAAGAUUUUGAUAGCAGGAUGGUGAAUCAUUUUGUAAAAGAGUUUGAAAGGAAGAAUGGUAAGGAUAUUAGUGGGAAUGCAAGAGCUAUUAGGAGAUUGAGGAGUGCCUGUGAAAAGGCUAAGAGGAUGCUUUCUUCCACUUCCCAAACUAAUGUUGAGAUUGAAUAUUUGUUUGAGGGGAUAGAUCUAUUUUCGACUAUCACUCGUGCUAAAUUUAAUGAACUCAACAUGGAUUUGUUCAACAAGUGUAUGGAACUGGUUGAGAAAUGCUUGAGUGAUGCAAAGGUGGAGAAGAGCAGCGUGGAUGAGGUGGUGCUGGUGGGUGGGUCGAGUAGGAUUCCCAAAGUGCAGGAGAUGUUGAAGGAGAUUUUCAAUGGGAAGGAUGCAUGCAAGACCAUUAAUCCAGACGAAGCUGUGGCAUAUGGUGCUGCAGUAUUGGCUGCCAAGUUAAAUGGAGAAGGCAAUGAGAAGGUGCAGAAUGUGGUUGUUUCAGAUGUUACUCCUUUGUCUCUUGGUAUUGAAUGCAAUGGAGACGUGAUGACUGUAAUUAUUCCGAGAAACACACCUAUCCCAACUAGGAAGGAGAGAAAUAAAUUCACAACAGCGGUAGACAAUCAGACCGCUGCUAUGUUUCGGGUGUAUGAGGGUGAAAGAAGCAACACAACAUACAACAACCUGCUGGGCAAGUUCAGUCUCGAAGGCAUUCCAGCUGCGCCCAGAGGUGUUGCUAAAUUCAAAGUGUGCUUCGACAUUGAUGAGAACGGUAUCUUGAAAGUGUCAGCGGAGCAUGUGGGGACAGGAGUGAAGAACAACAUCAGCAUUACCAACUACAAGGGCAGGCUUUCCGAGAAAGAAAUAGAGACGAUGGUGAAAGAUGCGGAGAAGCACAAGAGGGAGGACGAGGAGUUCAGGAAGAAGGCUGAAGCGAGGAGAGCUUUGGAGAACUACGCCUACGACAUGAGGAACAACACCAGAAGUGCAGCCGGGAUUGUAGCAGCCGACAAGGAGAAGAUAGAGAAGGCUUUCGAGUCUGUUAUGAAAUGGUUGAAGUCAAACAAACUUGCAAAGGUCGAUGCUUUCAAAGAGAAGAUGGAGGAGCUUAAGCUGAUUUACAAUCCCAUCGUUGCCAAGAUGCACCAUGGUCCCAUCCCAAGUAUUUUAAAGCAGAUUAGUAGAAUCAAGAAUUGGUUUAAGAGGGUAAUGCCAUGAUCGUUGUGCAUAGUCCUUUAAUUUCUUUUUGUUAAGAGAAAAUGUU